UGGUCUUCUCCAAUCACAUUACCAAUCAAAUAUCGUGAUUUACCACAUUCAGCUCAAUUAACUUUUAAUGUAUUCGAUGUGGUCAACUACUCUACGAUCUCUAAUACGGAAUUAGAUUUAAAUUCUCGUACGGAUUCGUUUUUACUCAGGAAUUCAGAAAUCGUGGGUGGUACUACCCUUAGCCUUUUUGGAAAAAAGAGAACUUUGAGGAAGGGAAAACAGAGAUGUCUUCUUCAUCGCGGCAAAUUGGCAGACGGCUACAUCGCCACCUCAACCCCAAGCAAAUUACCCCGAAAAGAGGCGGAUAAAUUGGGACGACUUGAAAAGCUUGUCAAAAAACAAGAGCGUGGCGAUCUUCCUAGGCUGGAUUGGCUUGACAAAUGCGCAUUUAGACAAAUUGAAAAGAUUCAUGCUGAAGAAACGUCAAAAAGUCCACACAUGUAUAUAUAUGUCGAUCUCCCUCGAUUCGAUUUUCCGAUCGUCUUUAACGAAAUCGAUCUACCGCAACCAUCUCUUCCUCCAUUUCCCAUCUCUGCACCUCUCCCUCAAUAUCAGCAGCAGUACUCUACGACCAACUUUUCCGACAUUUUUACAGUUGUUGACCCAGAAAUGCUGCAAGACAAUCCAAUUGAAAGUAAACAUACUCGUCUACAUCGUAGUCAUCGCAAUGGUCCAUUGGAUCGCGAGCUCCGGCCUGAGAAGAGUGUGAGGGAUGCUCUCAAUAAUAUCCUAAGUUAUCCCCCUACGCGUGCUUUGACACGCGAUGAGAGAGACUUAGUUUGGCGAUUCAGAUUCUUCCUUUCACAUGAUAAACGAGCGCUUACAAAGUUCCUCAAAUCCGUGGUUUGGUCAGACAAAGGUGAAGUACGACAGGCCAUUGGUGAUUUGCUCCCGAUCUGGUCCGACAUUAGUCUUGGUGAUGCCCUGGAGCUUUUGGGACCCUCUGAAGAUUACCGUGACCCGCGUGUCAAACGCUUUGCUGUUCAGCAAUUGAGUAGAGCGGAUGACGACGAGCUUGUACUAUAUCUCUUACAAUUGGUCCAAGCUUUAAAGUUUGAUCUUUCAUCAUCACAUUUAGAAGACUUUUUGAUCGAGCGAAGUUGCUUGAACCCAAACGUAUUGGGUUAUCAGUUUCAUUGGUAUCUUUCGGUUGAGGAAGGCGCUGGUGGUGAUAACACAGUUACGCAAAUGUACAGUAGAGUGCUUCUGAAGUUUCACGAGAAAAUGCAAGAGACCGAAAAGGGGCGUCAAAUGUCCGAAUUACUCCAACGACAGGUCACCUUUGUUAGAUCAGUGUCAAAACUAGCAAAAGACAUUCGAUUCUCAAAGGAUGCACGUCCAAAGAAGAUUGAAAAGCUCAAAAGCGUACUCAAAGACCCAGCGAAACAAGCAGCUCUACUUUCGACAGAAUCAAUUACUCCAGUCGUACCACUUCCACUUCCACUCGAUGCAAAUACUCAAAUAGUUGGAUUCGACGCCGAGAAAUCCACAGUCUUCAAAUCCAAUCUGUUUCCGUUAAGGCUUAGCUUGAAAUGCGAAGAUGGGACAGAUUACAUGAUUAUCUUCAAGAAUGGGGAUGAUAUGAGACAAGACCAAUUGGUGAUCCAAUUGAUCAGUUUGAUGGAUCGUUUAAUGAGAAAGGAACACUUAGAUCUCAAGUUGACACCUUAUAAAGUUCUUGCUACUGGACAAGUUGACGGAAUGAUUCAAUUCAUCAGUAGUAUUACUUUGGGGGAGAUAGCUAGUCGAUUUCCUGGAGGGAUCUUGGAGUACCUUCGGAUUGAGAGUCCUGAUACGAGUGGUGGGAUUGGAACGUAUGGGGUCACACCUAGUGUAUUGGAAAAUUUUGUCCGGAGCUGUGCUGGAUAUUGUGUAGUGACUUAUAUAUUAGGAGUAGGUGAUCGACAUUUGGAUAAUUUGAUGUUAUCACCUACUGGACAUUUCUUUCAUGUCGAUUUUGGUUAUAUCUUAGGUAGAGAUCCUAAACCAUUCCCACCUUCAAUUAAAGUAUGCAAAGAAAUGUUAGAUGGAAUGGGAGGAGAUCAAUCUGUACAUCAUGGUCGAUUUAAAAGAUUAUGUAAUAGCGCAUUUAUUUGUUUAAGGAAAUCUUCAGGUUUGAUUAUUAAUUUGGUUGGAUUGAUGAUUGAUGCAAAUAUACCUGAUAUUAAACUUGAACCUGAUAAAGCAGUUAUGAAGGUACAAGAAAAGUUUAGAUUAGAUCUGUCUGAAGAAGAUGCGAUUAAACAUUUUGAAAAAGAACUAAAUGAUACGUCAUACUUUACGGUUGUCUUUGAUAAGUUGAGUUCUUUUUUCUUUUCUUCGCAAAUGAAGAUUUUUUCAACUGAUUUUCUUGUUUUGUUUUUCAGGAUUCAUGCUGUUGCGCAAUAUUGGAGAUCGUAA